AUAGUAAAAUAAAAACUCAGAAAAAAGCAAUUGCCUGUGGUAAAAUUGAACAGCGAAUUGAGCAAACGAUAUUUCUAAAAGUAACCAAUUUACUGUAAUCCACCCAUGGUCUAUUAACUGUUGCCUAAUCAUACUAAUCGUCUAUCGUCUAUACCAAUUAUCAGGUGGACAGCUCAUGAUAAUUUCUUAGUGAAAUUAGUGAUAUUGAUAUACCUAUCUAAAAACUACUUAUUAUUACUAAUUCAUUUCAUGACUAGUAAUUACCUAGUAAUGUAAUUUACAUUUAAAUUCAUUAUCAAAGGGUACACACAUAAUUUAUUGUAAAAUACAAUGCGAUAUUAUUCGUGAUGGACUCUUGUUGCAUGUCGAAUGAAUUGCAGACAUUAGAUCCUUGGCCACAGUUAACAACAGACGUGGUAGAUUUUCAAUUCGAAAACAAUUUUAACACCGACCAGCAGUCAUUCCAACCAUUGCCCGACAAAGAAGAAUACUUACAGCGUUUAGAGCAAAAACUGAAAAGACUGAAGAACAGUUCACAGUCUGAUAGUACAAAACGCCGUCAAAUCGUCGAUCAACUGUGUGAAGCUCGCAAAUCAUGUUUAGAACAUUUGGUAGAUUCAGAUAAUAUAGUGUUUGAAAACGAGCAGCCAGUCACUCAACCUUCAGGACUUUCUGCUUGGAUUAAUCCAGAACAGCCUUUGUCUACAACUGAAACCCAACGACUAAUUGAACAAGACACUCAAGAUGAAUGAGUUUUGGAGUCGUCGUACAUGCGUCAUUUUGACUGGCGCUAGCAAAGGUAUAGGACAAUGUUUGGCUGUAGAAAUUGGUAAACUCUUGGUCCCAGAGUCGACCAUUGUUCUUAUGGCUAGAGAUACAAAUGGUUUAGAAAAAACCAAAGAAAUGGUAAACAAAGAAAACAGUGACAUUUUGGUAGAGUAUUAUAGUGUAGAUUUCUAUAACUCCAACGCAACAAUGUUUGAAAAAAUUGUUGAACCUAUCGAUUCAACAAAGUAUGAAUUAUUUUUAUUAAUUCAUAAUGCUGGGUCAGUUGGUAAUCUGGAUCAUCUUGCAGCUGAUAUGAAUGAUCCUGACGAAUGGAACAAAUAUAUGUUGUUGAAUUUAUAUUCAGUAACUUGUUUAACAAGUGUAUUUUUAUCCAAGUUCAAUUCAGAUACAUCUGAAAGAUGUAUUGUCAAUAUUACUUCAUUAUUGGGCAUUGAACCGUUUAAAUCAGUUGGAUAUUAUUGUGUUGGAAAAGCUAGUAGAGAAAUGUUCUUCCGUGUAUUGGCUUUAGAAAACCCUACAUUGAACAUUCUUAGCUAUUCUCCAGGUCCUGUGUUGACUGAUAUGUAUACAAAUAUUAGUUUGAAUUCAAAAGAUGAAGUAGUACGUGAACAAUUUACAAACGGACAGCAAAAACAAUAUAUUGUAAAAGUAGAAGACACUUGUCAAAAGUUAGUGAAUACAUUAGCUAUGAGAAGUUAUAAAACUGGCGGUAGAGUUGAUUAUUAUGAUAAAUAAUUUUAUUCCAUAUGAAACUGUUUUAUUAUAUAUUGUGUAUUAUUAUUUUUAAGUUAUUUUUAUUAUAAUGUAUAUCAUUUUUAAUUUUGAUUUAUGUUGGAAGAACAGAAUUCUUCUUUUAGCUUAAUAAUAUGAUAAUUAAUAAUGUAUAUUUAACUGAAGUUAUAUUAUUAUACUCAGCAAACAUUAUUAAACACCAUUAUAACAUAUUAAA